GCAGUUGUGAUCUGAGAACAACAUCUUCCAGUAUGAAAGAAUCCUCAAUCUUAAGGUUAUCAAUAUUCAUCAUUUUCCACACUUCCCCAUUAUGAAAGAGUAAAGUUACUUAAGACUUAUUUAUCUACCUACUAUUAUCUUAUUUUGCCUAUAUCAAAUAAACAUGACCUAAAGUCCAUAAUUUAUUGCAUAAAAUUUGACUUUUUAAUUGUUCUAAUAUACAAAAUUAUUUCAUGUACCUUCUUGAAGGUUUGGGCAAAUGGUGGCGUGGCUACUAAAUAAACUGGAAUUUAAGCCAAUUAUAAACAAUAUGCAGUAUAUUCUGUGCAGAUAUUGGUGAAAUCACAUGUAGCAUAUUACCAAGUAACAAAUUAUCAACUGCAGGUAUUACUAAAAUUACCUUCUGAGCAGCACAGCUUACUGUAGAUGUGUAACAAUAGACUGGGACAACCCACGUUUAGUUUAAGUCUAACACAGAUUCAAUUAUGGGUCUCUCAUCUCACCUCGCCUCACCUCACCAGGAUUUAAGGAGAACAAAGUAAGGGAUGCCUCUCCCCUCCGGAGUUCCUUAGAUGAGAGGAAGUUUACAUGAAAAUUAUUUGGGUACUUAUGGAGUGCUGAUAAACCAUAUUUCCUAUUACAGCUUGAUUCAAAUGGCUGCCAUGACCUUCGUGGGAUGAUCAUUCCUUCAUCCAAAAUAUAUGAAAUUAAAUCGCAUUCAAACUAACACAAAUUAAAAGCACCAUAGCACCCUGAUACAAUAGAUGACUUUGAAUUAUAAAUUGCUUGUGUUUUAAUAGCAUGGGACAGCAUUAGAAAAUACAAUGUUCUGCCAAGACUGUCCAUAGCAAUUGUAUACGGUAUCCGCUAAGAAACAAACACGGCAUUCUGAUCACUCCGUAUCAAAUCGUCCCAGCGGGCCUUUCAAAAGAGACAAUUCACUUGAGCGGUUAACGGGACAUCUUCAAAUGCCUCAGCACGAUUCCUCCGAUCCGGCCCGCUCGCAGCCGGUUUGCCGCCCGCGUUAUCAGUUCCAGAGCCAACCGGAAGUUGCGAUUGAAGGCUAAGCGGCUCGAGCCCUUCGUAAAGCGGCGCCUCCCCCUCGAGUGGACUUUCGGAAUGGGCGGUGCCGGAAGUUAUGCCGUGGGAGGGGCGAGUUUCCGGCGCGAGGAAGGAUCCGUUGCUGGCCUCCGAGGGAUCGUCGGGCGUCUCGUCCCUCCUUCCGCGGUCAUGCUGCUCCUCCUGCUGCUCUGAGCCAUGGGCGCCAGCGGCUCCAAGUCUCGAGGCCUCUGGCUCUUUGGCUCGGGUGGGGCAGGCGGCUCCGAGAGGUCAACCGGCGAUCAGACGCUGGCAAGAGCUCGGGGACUCUGCUCGGCUACCCCCUUCGUCUUCACCCGCCGCGGCUCUAUGUAUUAUGAUGAGGAUGGUGACCUUGCACAUGAGUUUUAUGAAGAGACAAUAAUCACCAAGAAUGGGAGGAAGCGUGCCAAGCUCAAAAGAAUUCAUAAGAACCUGAUACCUCAGGGCAUGGUGAAACUGGAGCACCCCCGGAUUCAUGUGGACUUCCCUGUUAUCAUCUGUGAGGUCUGAGCCAAGAGAAAGUUACUGUGUGCUGUCAGUACAUCUUAUUUGCCCAGUUUUACUGCACCUCAUGUAAACCAUGCUAGGCAGCCACAUGUCCCUGCAGAGGAUGAAUUGGGGGCACGAACAGACAGCGGGCUUUGAUGCUUCUCUGCUUGGAGGCAGUGACAGCAACUGCGGCACUGGGCACCCUUCUGACUAUCGGGCAUAAUAUUGUCUAAGGAUGUAUAUUAGUGGGACCUGUGUCAGAUGGGAAGUCAGGCCUUGAUUAGGAGCCUACUCAAAAUUUCCUUCACUGAGUCAACUAGAACCUUUCUAACAGCUGCUCAUUGAUGCUUAGGGGGCGGCAGAUGUCAAAUGUCUUGCCACUAGAGGGCCAACUUGCACUUUUUUUGGGAACAGAUAUUCCGCGUGAUUACCCCAGUCAGCUUUUACAAAAGUUGAUAACUGACAUUUCAGCCUAUUUCUUCCAAGAUGAGUAAAGGUGAGCAGAAAACUUCUUACGCUUCUUUGUCCACUCUCCCGCUUACCUUAUAAGCAUAGGCCGAAAGACUUAAUACUCGACUAUAUCUUUGUGGAGGCAGGGAGAGUAAUGUUGCACUUAAUAAACUGUUCAGAACAGAAUCAUUUUUGAAGUGGUCGUAGGAAACAGACCAAUGAGUAGGUUGUCCUCUCUUUGUUAUAUUUCCCUUGGGAGUUGCACUAUUUCCUUUGCAGGUUUCAUCUUUUUGAACUUUGCAAGAUAGAAGGUGUGAAGUAACAUCUGGAUAUGAAGCUUUUCUGUUAAAGCACACCAAAUAGAUUACAUCCUUAGGAAGCAUUUGUCUUUCAAGAGGGCAUCCUUCCCUCACCUAGAGCCCUCCAAUAAAUGCUAGAGCACAGUGACUGUUAGGGCCAGUGAUUUUGCUAAGUGGAGCGGAUGAAAUUCAUGGUCCAGGACCUUCUCUGGAGAGCCCCAUGUCAGGAGAACAGACUUCUCUCUUCAUUCUUGUGGUAGAAUAACUUGUUCCCAUAUUGGUUUCCCAUGUUGCACAUGGUGAGCCUCCACCUACGGUCCUCCACGUGUUGCUGAAUUGCAGAUUCAAGCAUCCUCCGCCAUCGGCCAUGUUCUCUGGGAUUGCUGGAGAGCCAAAGGUUUCCCUCUCUUUCUUAGGUUAUACUGUCUCUACUAAGACCACUGGUCAAGAUGUUUGCCAUCUAAUUUGGCUUUGCCAUCUAAUUUGGCUUUUCCCCUUCAUCUCCCUCUGCCGUCAGAUAAUAACAAAAUCCUGUGAUCUUCCUUUGGCAGACUCCUUGGACUGGACCAAGUAGUGUCUGAUAGGGGGAGAAUGCAGCACACUUGAAAGGAGAGUUACAUCUUUUCUAUUUUGAAGGGCCUUACCCUUCUCCCUGAUGUAUGAAUGUGGAAUGUUUUGCUAUGGUACUGAUAGCUGAGCAAGUACUGGAGCAGUAUGCCUACCUCUUCAUCCCAGGCUUCUUGCUUUCAUGAUGUAGAGCUACCUGCUGCUGAGAGGUGAUCAGGCAAAUCCCAUUAAAGGCACUCUCAUGAAGAGGCUUUCAUAUGCAAUGUACAGCCAAACGAUCCUUGCCUGCCUGCCUGCCUUUUUACCCACCCAUUGGACUUGGUAUUAAGCUUUAAAACUGGAGUGUGGGUGGGUUCAUUGCACAUCAUAUUUCUUUCCCAGAGUGUGUCAUUGCCUUUCUGAGCACUUCAGGCAUUGCUACCUCAAUGUUCAGUAUAAUUAGCUUGUAAACAGUUGCAUCGCAAUAUUAAUAAGUUAAUGUGCAUCCUUUCAUCUCCGCCCAUGCAAAGAAAUCAUUUUUAAGCAUUAAAAGCCUAAGCAGAAGGGUCACCGACUGAAUACGGCAAUGCUGACAGAGGUCUACCUAUUCACUCUCUUAUCUUCGCUCCUCUUAGCUAAAAGUCUGUGUUACAUAUUUAGGAUUGAUACUUGGAGCAUAGUUCCCAUUUGUUUCCUCAGUUGCCACUGCUUUGCAUAAUCAGGUUAUAAGUUUACCAGUUGUAUGAUUACCUGUGAAUAGAAAGUGUACAAUCAGCCAACAUCCCCUUAUGUAGUGAAAUCUGAAUUUUGAUUCACUUUUAAAGUGAAUAAUGUGAUAAUCAGAAUCUGACAUUUCUGAUCUUUAUUAGGGAAGGAAAUGUCAUUGCAGUGAAACAAGAGCAUCCUGCGGAACGAGAUGAGUUUGCAAACUUGCUGGACCAACAAAUACUCCCAUAUCAGCAGGAUGGUCCAUAAUGAAUCAUAGGUUGUCAUCAAGGAGCUGAACUAUGCUACUUCUUGAGUAAUUGAACGGAAGGCUGCUUAUUAAGAAGCUUACCUCAAAAGUAGGUCGGAAGAAGCAGUUUGCUCAGUGUUGGGUCACAUUUUAUCUUCAAAAUGGAAUAUUCGACUCCCCAAUCUAGAGAUUUUAUUCAUGGGAGACAGUGGGAGGCUUGUUGGUAACAGUCUUUCUCAUAUCUACAUUUCCAAAAUACCUGGUUCAUGUUCUUCCAGUGGUUAUUUUUUGAGCAAGCAAAUGCCCUGUGAUCAGAAAAGUACUGUGCUAUGUUGGGUUUCAUUUUCCUUGUGACUUGCACAGCAAGUUUCUCCCACUGUUGUUUUUGACUGGCAUCUAAAUGGCACCUCUGUGCAAAGGAGGUCUCAUUUCUCCCGAGCUUGUCAUCUCCUAAGCUGCAGUAGCUUCCCCGGAGAAUAUUGGCAGCUGACAUCUCUUCAACUCUCCAAGGCCGUCUUCUUGCCUGUCCACUGUGUCUCCAGCUUUGGAGUUGCUCUGCUGGGAUUCUGCCAUCCCUCUCAUCAUGCUUUCUGUAGCAGCUCGGCUCCGUGCAAAUGGCAGCUGUGAUGAGGGAGAGGGCUUGUGGAGACUACUUUAUAUAGGAUGCUGAUACUGUGAAAGUGGAUGAUGGUAUAUAGACAAAAAUAUUGAUAUAUAUCACUAUCUUUGGAAUAAGCAAAAAGCUCUAUUUCAUUUUAAUGGUCCUUCUGUGCGUGUGGUUGUGUAGAACUGAAUCCACUGGCACUACCCCUUUCUGUUCUUGUAGCACACAGAAAGGAAUACUGGAGGCAAACAUGUAUAAUAUCUAUUUCCUCUGCCUUGAAGUGCAUUUGUUGAAUUUUGUUAAAUUUCAAUAAAAUUGUUUGUAUAUCCCAGAAUAUACCUAUAGUUGUGGUUCUGUUUGUUGUUCUGAAAUUCAGUUACUUCUGACUCUUUAUGACCAGAGGGGCAUCAUUUAAUUAAGACUGUCAGUAACUGCUUUUUUGAGUCUGCUAAACUCCAGCUUGUAUUAUCAGCAAUAGUAUAUUAGUCCCCUGCCUUCCAUUAGCCAUGGUAAUGGCCUUUUUCAUUACUGGUUGGCCAUUUGAGAUCUAAGUAAAAGUUAACUCUGGUUUCCUUGGACAUCUCUAUUCAACUGUUGAAUAGAGUGGAGCAUUGAAAGAUGCCACCACUGUAAUGCCACCGCUGCCACUUUAAAUGAUCUUGCUAAUCUUGGCACACACUGACCGUUUCUUCUCUUUGAAUUGUUGGGUUAGGUUAAAACAAAAGUUCUAGAGACAUUGAACUUAAUAUUGUAAUGGUGACAGUAAAGGAUCAGAAAGGAAAAAUUCAAGUUCAAGGUUGUGUUGUGAGAUGGUCUCUGUGUGUGUGUGUGUGUGUGUGUGUGUGUGUGUGUGUGUGCCUUUGAGUAAGUGUUGAUUCCCAGGGACUGCCUGAAUGCGUCCCUGCAGUUUUCUUGACGAGAUUUCAAAACUGGUUUGCCAUUGCCUUCUUAGGCAUGAGAGUAAGUGGCCCAAGGUUACCUAGCUGGCUUUGUACCUAAGGUAGGACUAGAAUUUAUGGUUGUCUGGUUUCUAGCCCAGUGUCAUAACCGCUACACCUAAAUGGCUCUCUAUUGUGUUUUGAAACUGAUUUUAAAAAUUCCUUGAUAAGUUAUAAACCUCUGUGCUCUGGCUUCCUAUGUAAAUCAGAGGAAGCCAAAUGUCCAAUUGCAAUAAAAAGUGAUAAAAUAUAAAUGUAUAGGAGACCAGUUACCCACAAAUACUACAUGAGUCAUCAGCAGGCCACCAACCAAAUUGAAGUCUUUCAAUACUCCACUCUAUUCAACAGUUGAAUAGAGAUAGGGCCACACAUGACAUGGGUUAAAUGCUUCAACCCAUGAGGUGGCUACAAAUUGAGGGAAAAUGUGGUACAAACCACUAUCAAUUGAUAAUCCCCUAUAACGGGAGUGUCAAACUCACGUCACAGCAGUGUCACGUGACGUAUUGGGACUUUUUUCCCCCUUUCCUAAACCAGUCAAGGAUGUGGCCAGCAUGUGACACAUCCAGCCCCGGAGUUUGACAGCCCUGCCCUAUAGAGUAUGAGAAUAUUCUGCAGACACAGGAACUAUGAAUUGUUUCAUCAUGUGGUAAAGGCACUUUUCUUGUUGCAAAAAUAGAAAUAAAUAAUUGUGUAUGUCUUUAUUGGCCAGGAACUUCCUUUAAAAGGCAGUAACUUAUGCACAAGUUUCUCUUACAAGGUGGCAUCAUUCUGUUUCACAAUAUAUUUACGUUUGUAGAACCAUUAAAAAACUUACGUAAAUCAUCCAGAUUUGGGGAGGGGGGCAGUCUCCAUGGUGCUAAAAAAUGGGGUUCUUUCUGUGUCCACCAGAUGGCAGAGUUUAGCUUCUUUUGAACAGGUCCUUCCUUCAUAUUUCAGAGGAUCAUUUAGUUUUUCAGAUUCAUUUCAGGGUUAUGAGAAGGAGUGCGGUUUGGCUCAUCUAGCUUAGACAAUGAGUGAUUUGUUCCAACUUCGUUCUGUCCUGUGAUAUUUCACCCUCUGCUGAAAGGUUUAUUUGGAGUUGCAAAAAAAGUGAGUCAAAGCCAUCUGCUUUUGGCUGUUGCCUAUAGAAUCUCACUGUGGACAUACUUCUUGGAAGUGAGUAUAGUUGUGAUCAAAAAGUGAACAGGACAGCGCUUUUAUCAAGUAAACAGGCCUUUUGAGGUGUUUCCUUAUGGAAGUUGCAAUCUCUCACUGUGAUGUCAAAUAUCAGAUGGAUUCCCUUUACGGGGAUGGAGGCCCCAUAUUCAGUUAGCUUCCAGUUACAUAGAAAAAGGCUCCUUGGCUUAAUAAAAGCUGCUGUUGCCAUACUGAAUCCAAAAUGUUACAGCAACGAUACAGGAACAAUACAGGCUCCUUAUGUCCAACAGAACAUAACAGUAUGAACUGUUGAGUCCAAGCUGAUAAGUUGACUAUCAAGUAGAAGGCAUUUGUUUUUUUGGAAAUAUAGAAAUAUAUCAGUGUUUAUGCCAAUUCCAGUUUACAUGGACAUCCUUCAACAUUUUGUUGUUGUUCUUGGUGUUUGUCCCACUGAGUUGCAGGGUCUGCUUGUUUUGCACCAAACUUUACCUAUUCACAUAGCAAAAUUAUUAAAACAGGAUGUAACCAGGGAUUUUCU